CGCGCGUGGAUUCCGUCGCAGAGAAAAAUGGCGAACGCUCAUUCUGUCCCCCUUACUUUGAUCUUAAAACAGUCAUAGCGGAGAUAGCGUACCUUCGGGGGAUUCUGUGAUAAAUUGCCCAGGGAUAUCUUCUAUUAUGAGAAAGAUAAGAAAGCCAGGAAGGAUGAUGGAAGAUGCGAAUGCUGAGUGCAAGAAGUUCUGCACGGAAUGGGGACACUUCCACAAGGUGACCCGUAUCUUGGUAAAGGCAAUACGGAGAAUACAUCAUGGAGUGAGAGCUGAACAUGCACAGCUCAAGGGAGACAUAAAGACUUCAGGUUUAAGAUCAAAAUUUUUAACUAGGCAUGAAACAGCUUUUAAAAAAGUGGUUAUUGGCCUGCAGGAUUAUGCGGCAAAUUUUCUGGAAAUGGAAAAACAGUUCAAAGAGUUAUCCAAAAAUAGUAGUAAAUAUUGUGAAAUUCAGUUUAAUAGAGUAGUGGAAAAACAUUCUCAGGUGUGUGUGCAACGAGAUACAAUACUUUAUUCUGUAGAAAGUAUGAUAAAGGCUCAAUUGAAAAUCAUAGCUGGAAAUUUUAACGAAAAUUCAGAAAAUCUAGGGGAUGCUGGAAUCUUUAAUGCAAUAGCUGCAUAUAAUGAAGUUCUCAUUGAACUCAAGAGAAACAUUCCAGAAAAAGAGGAAGAUGAAUAUGAAGAUGAAGAAGAGGAAGAAAAUGAUGCUACACUCUAUAGACUAGUAAUGCCUGAAAAUUUAAUUCCUCCAUUAUCGUGCUUGAAACAAAUCACGGCUUCUAAGAUACUACAGAUAGUUGGUCGAGAGAGGGCACCACAAGUAACUAAGUGCAUAGCAGAUACUUUUAUGUCAGAGUUUAAGAUGCCUCCUGAAAAUGGAACAAUGUUACCCUGGAAACCUAUAAGUUAUAGUGCAAAGUCAGGUUUGCUGAAUGGUGAUAUAUUUGAAGAUGCCAUAGCAAAGGAAGAAGAUGAAAACAAGCUAAACCAGCGGAAACUUGAUAUGGCUCUUCGAAUGGAGUUUGGAGACGAUUUUCCUGGAACAGACUACUUACCUGCAAAUGAUGCUGGAGAUUGCAAUACACCUUUGAACUGUACAAAAGUGAAUACACUUAUAAAAACCAACACUGAAUUAUUAGAACAGCUUGUAGACAAGUUUACUAAAACUACAGGUGUAUUAGUGAAAGGAAUGGUCAAGCACAGCAAGUCGGGAGAGAAACGCCUCACUAAAGCUGCUAGAAAUAGAAUUGAGACCUACUAUGUGGAGAGAGUAUGGGGUGAAGGUUCAGAAUUUGUGGAGGAACUUGUCUUAUGGGUCCCUCCAGCAGAAAGACCUCCACCCUUCCCUCCACCAGCUUUGCUCACACCUCUUCAGUUGUUUCAAUUACUUGGUAUCUUCCAACAAUACUGCAAUAAAUGCCUUAUACCAGAAUCUUGUUACACAAGUUGUGAAGGAAUAGUUGAUGAAUGUCGACAUUUAGCAACAACUUCAUUCAUUGACCGGAAUAUGGUCCGUGGUAUCGGAACUUAUGCUCGAUCAUGUCCUGAGCCCUAUAAGCUUUUAGAUGGAAAUUAUUCUACUAUAGGUGGAGAUGGCAUUGGUGAUGUGGUACAGCUGCUAGUGUGGGAAAUUAAUGAGAUUGAGAGAGCAGAAGUUGAAAAAGAGCCCAAAGACUGGCCUGUUGGAGAUGAGGUUGGCCUUAUCCUUAGACUUGGAGCAGUUGUAUCUUCAACUCUUUCGUGGCUUAGGCUUCGAGCAAGCUACCUGCUGCACACUUGGAACACAGCACCAUACUACCUCCUUACACAAGCUGACCUACCUAGGAUCAUUGAGGAACUUAAGUUGCUUCGGGUACAAGAGAGAGACAACCUUAUUAAAACAGAUGACUUUGCACGUCUUCUGUAUGCCAUGUCAAGAGACAAGCUUGUUUUGAUGUUGGAUAAGUUGGUUGAUAGUGUCAAGGACUAUGAACAGGAGACUGUAGGAGCUGUUAGUGCUGUCUGUCGCACAGUGAGCCUAGCCCAGCUACAGAACUCUAUGCCACAUCCUCGUAUUUGGCGAGGGAUAGGGCGGAUCCCACAUGAACCACACUACUAUGUUUAUGAGUAUAUCAAUGCUGUGUUAGAGCCAGUUCUGGAUGCUGUUUCAAAACUAGGAGUGGUUUUACAACGUCGAGCUGGAGCCACUGUCUUGAAGGUUGUUUGCUACGCAUGGCUGGAACAUAUCCGUGUUCAAAAAAUAAAAUUUUCCCUAUGGGGAGCUCAGCAGCUCUUAAAAGAUUUCCAUGCCUUAGCUGAGUGGCUACAGAAAUACCCUGGUUUAGCACCAGAAGCUCGUACACAGGUGUUGGCUGUUGACGUGCUGCGAGAGUGUGAAGGUGUGGCUAGGUUGCUCAUGAGACAGCCUCCUCUAGUCGUAGGAUACACAUCUCAAAAUCAAGUUGUACCUAUGGGCCCCAUUACUGCUGGUCGAAAACAUGAUAAAGAAGUCAAGCUUAGCACAGAUAAUGAUGACAUCCCAGCAGAAAUGUAUGUACCAAACCAGCAACUGUGGCUGUCACUCAGGGCUCGGCCAGCAUCCUCAGUGUGUGUCAAAAUGGGUGCUUGUUGUUCUUGGCCAUACUAAGAGGUGUUAACAGUGUUUGUGAUCAGAUGAUUAUGCAAUUUCUCAAUCCCCUGGCUGUUACAUGUGAUGUUGCAAAGGUUAUUAACCUAUUCUUCAAUUAUCUCUUGAACUAAUUCUUUUCUAAACAAUUUUUCCCCUCAUUCAUGCACUGUUGGUACAAACUUCAUGCAUCAUGCAUAUAUAUAUCUUGAGCAAAAGGUUAGCUAUUAGCAAAGCUUUCCCAAAUUAAUAAUUCAUUAAAGUUACAUCAUUUGAGUCAUUAAUAAACUCAUUACCUGCAAGGAUAUGCAUUAGUUAGAAUGCCAUAAUAAGUUGUAAGAAUACUAGUCAUAUUUAUCACCAUGAGCUCUUACUAACUUAAAUGUAUUUAGUAAAUAAAAUCAAUGUAAUUGAUUUUACAGCAAUGCACAAAUCUAUAGUAAAUGCUCAUGAAUGAACUGGCCUUAGUACAGACCUGCACUUUAUGGCUCAUAGGUGAGUAUUACAUGGUUGGUCAUUUAAUAUACAGUGAUAUUCCAUCAGAUGGAUAGGUUAGGUAUACUUUGUUGUAUUGUUGAAUUUUAAACUCUAUAAUUUUUUUACUAGCUUUAAAAUUAGAAUGCAACAACCAGGUUCAGUGUACCAGUAUUUUCAUAACUUUAGUUUGUUAAAUAUCAGCCACACAGUUUAGUAUUGAAAUUUGGUUUUAUGCAGGCAUUUAAUAAAUUGUUUUCAAAUAUGCUUUAGAACAUAGAGAUGUAAAUUAGGACCAGUAUUAUCUAGUAACACUGCUACACAAGGGAACACAGAAAAUAUAGUUUAUAGAAAAAAAGAACUAAAAGCCAUAUAGGCAAUACAUUUUGUGCAGAUGUGGAAAUAUAUGGUAAAAAGAAAAAAUGCUUAAAUGCUGUAAUUUGUUAAAAAGUUAAUGAUCAGGUUGCUUUUAUUUUCUUCAGUGUCUUUAUUUUCCACAAGUAAUUGAAUGUAAGAGGUGUUUGAUAUAUUGGUAGGGAAAUCUAUACAUUUUCCUUUAUUUGUCAGGUUAUUUGUUUUAUGUUAUCACAAUAUGAUAGAAACACCGUAAAGCAGUUAUUUGGAUUUUUAACAGUCUUCUUGUACAUUAAUCAUUAUACAUAUAAGUUAUAAAAAUUAUGGGAAGUGGGAAAGGAGAAAGAGAUUAAAGAAUAAAUAGGAAGAAAUAAAGAAGUAAAGAUAAAUUACAAAGAAGAAAAGUCAAGAAAUGAUAAAUGAAAGGGAACAAAGGGAGAAAGGAAGAAAGAAAUUGAGUGAACUGGAUGAUAUGUAAGGAAGGAAAGUGAGCAAAAAGAAAAGAAAAAUCGAAGCUUAAUAACUGAAUAAAUUAAUAUAUAAAGACAGGAAAAACAAUGUAAAAGAAUAGAAAUGUAGAAAAUUGGUGUUUUUUCCAUCAAUUUCACAAUGUAGUGUUUAUAUAUUUUUAAAAUACGGAUAUUUAUGUGUGAAAACCAAAGAGAAAAAGUAAAGAUAUAUAUGUUUUGAUCACUAACAAAAAUAGAGAAAUUUGAUAUCAGGAUUUCAUGAAUCAGUUACAUUGAUAUGAUGAUCAUAAUGAUUCCUGGAUCAUUUUCAACUCAAAUAAAUAUGAUAAUUCUAAUGUUGAAGUUAAAGGUUAAAUUUCUUGAAUAUUUCAACUUCAGCCCAUUAGAGACUCCCUUUUCUUCAGAUUUAUACUGAACACAAUACUCAAGUUAAGCAAUAAUCUUAUUCUAUAUUCGAUCUGGUAUUAGGAAUUUGAAAAAUAUUUUUAAUCUUCCUACUUAUUUUGACUUUUGCUGCUUAUAUGGUAAUACGCUUUAGAUAAAAGAUUUAGGUGUAUUAUAUAUACCUCAGAUAUAUCAUGUUAUGGGAUAGUCAGGAUUUAAACUGCUAAGAAUAUAACUAUUAUAUUGUAUAUCUAAAAGUUACUAAUGUAGUAAUUAAUAUUUCUAGUCCAUAUGCUUAUUUCUUUCUUAUGAAGCAUUUUUGAAAUUUAGAAAAAUGGAAUAUAUUAAUUAUUAAGCUAUAAUUGAUAACUAUAUUUACACAAUUUCCUAUUCACAUUUUUUAUUUUUAUUUUUUUACUCUCAUUUGUUUAUGAUAUAAUUCUUUGUUUUUCUCCAGUCUCGUAUUUGUCAUAUAGAUGAAUAUAUUUAUAGUUUAUCCAAAUUAAAUGACAAUAAAAUUAAUACUAAAUAUUUCUUCAUGUAAUAGAAAUAAUUUCUGACUUCACUUUGUCUAGUCUGUUUUUUAUAAAUAGUACUGUGUCAAAUAAAGGCAUUUAGCAAAUGAGAAAGAUCUCAUUGCACAAAAUUUUAUAUUAAGUAGUGUGUAUAUAUGCAUGUAUAGCAUAUUUUAUAAAUGGUGUCUCAGGAGAUACAGCAGAUAUUUGUUGAAGUGAAGAAAUGUGUGAUUCUGAGUAGAAGAUCUUCUGUACAACAUAUACCUCUUUCAUAAGCAGGAUUUUAACCCUUAAAUGGCAGGUGGCAUAAUAUUUUUUAAAAUGUGAGGAUGAUAGGGUCUUAUUUAGGGGUUAAAAAAUCCAAAAGGUUUGAGUUAGUACUGGCAGAGUCAAGGCAGGAAAGUGUAGAUACAGCUUAUACAACAUAAAAGUUACCACUUUUAUUUUAUAUUUCUUGACUUUUAUAAUCAUACUGUCCUCUUGUAUUCUGUAUUGGUGAACUACAUGUGCUAUUGAUUGUGUGAUUUCCUAUUUGAAUAUACUGUAAUCUUCCAUAAUUUACAUUUAAAAAAUGCAAAUAAACUAAACUUCUUCUCAGAAUCACAUUUCUUUCAUGCCAAAACUAUCUGACUUAACUUAUGGGACACCUUGUGUACAGUAUACUCUAUGUGUAUAUAUACAAAUAUAUACACACACUGUUUGUACUAUAAAUACACAAUUUUAAUUUUCAUAUCCGUUUAAUGAUGAGGUAUUUUGCUUUUGAUAACAAGAGGUGUUCAUUUUUUCUAUAAAUUUGGUAUGUGAUGCUUUGAUUAUUAGCCUCUAGAUAGUAAACUAGAAUGUCCAGUAGGGGAAAACAUGACAGACACACACACACACACACACACACACACACACACACACACACACACACACACACACACACACACACACACACACACACAC